GGGGCGGUGCCGCCGGAGGGGUGGGGUCCGGGCUUAACGUCACAGGCGGUGCCGUCCAAUCAGCGGCGGGCUCGCGGCCCCGGCGCUGGUAUUGGGGCAGCGAGGGGGCAGUUCUCUAUAACGCGGUCUCCGGGAGCCAGCGGGGAAGAAAGAAGCCGAGCGGGCGGAAGGCGCCCUCCCCGCCGCCUGGGCCCGGGCACCGGGUGCCGGGCCCGGGGUCCUUCCCGCCUCCCGCGGCCGCCGGCCGCUUUGUUUCCCCAGCCUCUGCGCUCUGGGCUACUCAAGAGGGGCUCCCGCCGGGGCUGCGCGGGGAACGCGGCGGCGGCAGGAAGGGCGGCCGACCGGGCCGGGACUCGCAGGGACCCAGGAGUCCGGCCGCCGGGAGGGCCGCGUGACGAGAUCGAGGAGGGAGCCAGAGCCCCGCGGCCCAGGGUGGCGGGCCGGGGGCGCCCGUGAGCAGAGACCUCCCCGUCGAGGGGGGGCGAUGUUCCCCUCGCCCGUGGGCUCUUCGGGCAGCCAGGGCACACCGCCGCUGGGACCAGGGCCCCCGCAGUGGGCACCCCCCCGGGCGGUUCCAUGGAGACUCUGUGCCCCGCUCCCCGCCUCGCAGUGCCGGCGUCCCCGCGAGGGUCGCCUUGCUCCCCGACACCCCGGAAGCCGCGUCGGGGGACACAGGAGUUCUCUCCACUGUGCCUGCGUGCCCUUGCCUUCUGCGCCCUUGCCAAACCUCGAGCGUCCUCUCUGGGCCUGGGGCCUGGGGAGUUGGCGCCGCGGGCCCCGGUGCUGGUGGGCCCUCGCGCCCCGCUGUGCACCGGCGGCUGGGCCCCGGAUGGCCUGAAGCACCUCGCGGGACAAGCCGGGCGGUCCGGUGAUCCGAACUCCCCGGCCGGUCAGGAUGCCGAAGCCGCAGUGUGCUGGAGCCGUGGCGAGGAGGAAGAGGGCGGAGGCAGUUUCCCGCACUUCAGCUCCCGCUCCGGCGUACCUCCCGGCCGCUGCCCGGCGCCUCGGCGCCCUCGGGAAUCUCCGACCAGCUCCGCCUCGGCUCCGCCUCGGCCAGCCUCGGGUCUCGACUCCCAGCCUGGCCCCGCCGCCAGCCCCCAUCAGGAGCCCAGUUCCCGGCCUCCGCCGCCACCUGCGGGCCUCUCUACCGAGUCCGCGGGUCCCGGGGCUGCGCCGGAGCCGCCCGCACCGGGACAGACGGCCGCAGUCGAUGGAAACCCCCCGCAGGCCGCCCCCGAGGCACCAGCCGCUAGCCCCUCGACGGCGAGCGGAGCUUCGGCCGCGCCCGGCGAUCUCCGCCAGGAACAUUUCGAUCGUCUGAUCCGCCGGUCGAAACUUUGGUGUUACGCGAAGGGCUUCGCCCUCGACACUCCGAGUUUGCGCCGGGGGCCCGAGCGGCCGCCAGCAAAAGGGGCCGCCCGGGGAGCCGCCAAGAAACGCCGGCGACCGCCACCCCCCCAUCGCAGCACGCAGCCCCGCCGCCCUGCACCGACGCUCCCCACGACGAGCACCUUCAGCCUCCUCGACUCCUUCCCCUGCCCCCCGGCCCUGGUGGUAGGGGAGGACGGAGACUUAGGGCCGGCAUCCUCGCUUCGCCUCCAGGGAGACUCUAAGCCCCCGCCUGCCCACCCACUGUGGAGGUGGCAGAUAGGGGGUCCUGCUGUCCCUGAGCCCCCAGGCCUUAAAUUCUGGGGGAUCAACUUGGAGGAACUCUGAGCAGAGACCUCUCCUGCCAAUGGGGAAAAAAGUUGGGGCCACGGCCAAACUUUGGGCUCGAGGACGGGGCCUCGUGUGUCGCAUUUGCCUGUACCCUUUACGUUUUAAGGGCUGCGGUCAGAGGGACCUCAAAUGACAGUGAUCUUCAAGCACCUAGCUGUUUGGGGUGACACCCCCUCCCCCUCAUCCUUUGGAGUCGAACCAAGGGCUGGAGUCAGGAGAAGGCUUAACGGAAAAAGGCUUAAUGACAUAGAUUCCAAUCCCUCCCCUCUUCCAUCUCGGAUCUCUGGGGGCAGGGCCUUCACCCCAGGGGGAGCAAAGGAGGCUACCGCUCAAAGACAAGGAAAAAAAAAAAAAGAGGGAGAGAGACCUUGGUGAUGGACAAACCGGUUGUUUCUGUGGGCGAGCCUGGGGAUGAGGGGGCUGUGGUGGGGGUGGGGAGGUGAUUGGCAGCUCCCUGGGGGCAUCCCCCACCCCCACCAUCCAGGCCUUUAACCCUUCACUCCCCUCAGGCAUUCCCCCGCGCUCCCAGCAUCACUGGAACCUUCCUAGAGGGGGCAGCUCGGGCAGGGGGAAGAUCACCCCCUCCCUGUUCUUUUCCUAAGCCCUCUCCCCGCCCUCCCUCCCCCCAAGGCAGGUGACUUCUAAUUGGCGAGAUCUUCAGUCUCAGCCACCAACCUUUCCCUUUUGUCCAGUUUUGGAGUUUCUUCAAUUUUUCCUGUUUGUUUUCAGUUUGUAAGGUCUGAUGGGUGAAAGAGGACCUUCUCCCUCGAUCCAUCAACCCCCUCCCCCAGUUUGCUUCUCCAAUUAGGAGGGGACCUCCUCCCCCUCCAAAAGCACAGACUUUGCCUGGGGAAAGGGCCAGAGACUGUCCCAGGGAAAGUAAUGGAAGGUGGAAGAAAUCAAUAAAAUCAGACCAAACCA